AUGGCGGCUCGCGUUUUCCUCUCGUCGUCCAGGAUCGCCGGCCAGCUCGCAGCCGCAAAUAAGCGUGGCGUCCGUUCGUACGCUGCAGCGGCGGCGGCCGUGACGCGGCAGGAGCCUUCAGCAGCCGGGGCGGCGAGCAGGCUGGCGGCGGCGACAGAGGAGGCGACCCCGAAGAAGGAGUUCUUCUGGACGAGGGACCCAAAGACGGGCUGCUGGAUGCCGGAGAACCACGUCGACGUCGCAGACCCUGCCGACCUCCGCGCGCGGCUGCUCGUCUCCAAGAAGUAA